AUGAUUAAUAAUCAAGCAACCGAACUACUUUCGUCCGGUAACGCGAAGCCCAUAAUCUACUCUACCACGAACCUGUUUCAUAUAAAUAACCAGUUCCUUUUAAUUCAAACUUCUAAAUCAAAUUCUUCUUUCUUUCUUUCUUUCUUUCUUUCUUUCUUUCUUUCUUUCUUUCUAUACGCUAUAUGUCUUUCUUUCUUCCUUUCUUUCUUUCUUUCUUUCUUUCUUUCUUUCUUUCUACUCGCUAUAUGUUUCUAUCAUCAUCGCACGGCCCUUCGAAACUGUUCCGAGUGCGCCAGUAAUAAUGAGUAUUCAUUUAUAUCUAUCCGUUCCGUCCAUAUCUAUCUAUCUAUCUAUCUAUCUAUCUAUCUAUCUAUCUAUCUAUCUAUCUAUCUGUCCGUUUUGUCUGUUCUUAUCUAUCUAUCUGAUAAAACACUUAGCUACUUCGUUCAAAUAUAUCCCUUUCCAGGACAUAUCACUAUCUAUCUAUCUAUGUCUUUUUCUAAACGGAUGUACCAAAAACUUUGA